AGGUCCCCCAUGCCAGAGAGACCCACUACAUGGCCAGGAGAGCAGCGAGAGUCCGGGACGCGUGUCUUAUCUUCAAGGAGAAUCUCCUUAUUCAAUAUGCCCAUCUUUUGAAGACAGACGAAACCUGGAGCGCCCUCAACGCCUCCUUGUGGAUAAACAAAGAUGUUCUUGUGGACCGCAAAAGCCGCCUAGCCUGGUAUCCCGAAGGUGGCCUCUACGUCUAUGGUCCAUGCUCUCCUGCGCGUGCUAGGUGAGGAGCACUACGUAGCAGAGCUCGAAAUAGGAAGGCUACACACCACGCUGAGACGUCUGAUGCCUUCCCCGCGCCCGGAUGAAGACCUGGUUGACUUCACCUCCUUUUUGGUGGUCAGACAUCCCUUCCAGAGGAUCCUAUCAGCAUACAGAGAUCGGCUAUUGGAUAAAGCGCCCCUUUCGAAAUUCCGGUCCUUUAAAAUACGUUAUGGCCGCGAGAUCAUCGAAAGAUAUCGCUUAGAAGAGCAGCCAGUGGAGUACAGCGAAGUGCCCACCUUCGGGGAGUUUGUCGAAUACCUCCUGGACACGCCACCGUGGGAAUACAACGAGCACUGGCAACCGUACUACCUGAUCUGCACGCCUUGCCACCACCGCUACAACAUCGUCAUGCACCUUGAGAGUCUGCAAGAGGACACGCGGUACCUCGUCGAUCUCACGGGCCUUCCGCAGUUGGCGCCGAAGCAGGUUCACGGCACCAGGCAGGAUCUGCUUCCGAACCCCGUCGACUCGGAAGGGAAGCGCGAUCCUAAGGGUGUGCAGUUCAAGGCAGGAGAGAAAGUGGGCUAUGACGGGGCCCAACGGUCAAGUGAUCACAGGCCAGCGAGUUUUGAGGCUGCAUUCUUUAGAGAAAUUACUCUGCAGCAGUUGCAGAGGCUUUACCAAAUUUACGAAAUUGAUUUUUUCAUGUUUGGGUAUGAUAUUAGUCCAUAUGACACUUUUGUUAACAAAUAAUGUUGAGGUUGCCUUUUUUAUAUUCACGGAAGUAAUAUAUUUAAUGAAAAUCGUAUGACGUAAAAAGAAAAAGAAAAAAAAAAAAAAAAAAAAACAGGGACGUACUUCUUUUCUGCAAAAAAUGCUUAAAAGAAGUCCGACUAGUAAUUUCAGCAGGGAAAAUAACAAUCAUUAUCAACUCCCGGGUCGUAAAGGGAUUUUAGGGAUCGGGUUUACUUUAUAGAUUUACCAAACGUGAAAAGUGAAUCAGCAUUGUGAGCAAUUAUUCAAGUUCAGUAUCACCGAAGUCUGACCCGAGAUGUCGAUGGCCAAUAAAGCGGUAAAGCAAGCAGGAAUCUGGGAAUUCCAAGCACCUUUCUUGAUCACAGCCCCAUUUCGUUUUAACUAGUUAUAUGCAAACCCAGUUG